UACAUAGUAGCUUCGCAUACACGCUUUCAUCGUAAACAAACACAUAAACCCCUCCCUCCCCACCAUUUCUCAUUUCUCCGAAACCUUAAAACCCUAUCCCUCUCUCUCUGUCUCUCUCUUUCUCUCUCUCAGUUUCUCUCCAAUUCAUUUUCAAUGGGAGAUCCUAUUCCUACUACUCAGAAACUGAAACCCACGACGUCGUUUUCACUCCCACCAGGUUGUCGAUUCCACCCAUCUCAACAAGAACUCGUCUCUUACUACCUCGCGAACAAAAACCGUGACCCGGACCCGAACCCGGAUGAGAAUUUUUUCAACGGUUACGAUUUGAUCAGGGAGCUGAACCUUUUCGAUUACGACCCAUUUGAGCUACCGGACGAUACGUGCUUUUCGUACGGUUUCGGAGGAAGGAAAAGGCACUGGUACUGUUACUGUUGCACGAGUAGCAGUAGUAGAAUUAGGAGCAGAAGGAAAACGAAGAAUGGGUAUUGGAAGAGAAACGGAAAGGUGAGAGACGUGGUGGGACCCUGUGGGAGGGUCCAGGUGGGGUCCAGAAAAAGCUUCGUUUUUUAUUUGGGGAAUUCACCUGAGACUGCGUUCAGGACCAGUUGGGUUUUGUAUGAGUAUGCUCUUGCUAAUCAUCCUAAGAUUGAGUUUUGCAAAAUCAAGGCUUCUUUUGUUGUAUGUCGAGUAUUCUCUAAAUCUCGUGCUGGAAAUAGCAUCUCGGACAAUGGGUUAAGUUCUUGUGCUGAAGAGAGUAUUUCGGCAGUGCGUCACAUUGGCAUUCAGCAUGAUGGGUACUUCACACCUGAUACUGUCGAAGCUAAAAUUCAAGGUGAUAACUCUGUUGACGGAAAUAAUGAAAUACCAAGAUAUCCAACGCAAUUGGUUAGUGAGUUAGAGGAUCGGAUCAUGACUGGGCCUGUUUCUGUUGCCAGUCUUCCAUUUCCUUCGGUCAUGCGGCCAAGGGAGCCGGUGAGCUCGACUGGGCUUCCUGGAAGUGGUUCGAUGUUUGUUGAAGGUCUGACUGACCGGCAAUUAUCUUCCAUUGUAGAUGAAGAUUUCAUUGAGUUGAACGAUCUCAUGGACUGACAAUUCAUUAGAGACAUUGAAGCAGUUGGUUUUAAAGAUAUAUGUGAAUACUAAUCCUGAUGCUCAGGCUAUUGCUGGAAUCACCUUGUUUUCAGAACAGGUUUAUGUACCCCAGAAAAAAAUGAGAAGCGUUUUAAAUAUUGAAAGCCUCUUGAGAAACAUUAGAUGAAGUUGGCAUGUGUCAGUUUUGAAGUUGAGAGAGAUGUCACGGCUGGAUCGCUUUGCAUUGUAAGAUUUGUUCUUUUGCCUGAUAGAAGGCUAUUUUUCUCCAGAGGACUACUGAAAAAGAUUAUUAUGUAUAUAUAUUUGACGAUGGAAAUCCAACGUGGGUUAUAUAAGUAUCGGCUGCUACACUUGGCUUGAUCAUGCUGUGCUUGUUCCUGUGAUGCUGGAGUGGAGUUCAUUUUCACUCCAAUUGCUUUCGUGGCAAAAUUAGAAGUUUCCACUACCUCUCCAAAGCCUUCCUGUUGCAAGGCCUCUUUUCCUUUAGCUUAUCUCUUUUUCAACUAUUGCCAAAGUGAUUGAGCUAUUAUAAAUUCUGUGCUUUCUAGUGUUACCGUUCUCGUUUCUUCUUGAAUAGCUUUAUGAAACUGUUAUAUUAGUAAAUGAUGAACUUGAUUGCAUAAUUGAUUGUAGUAAGUUUGGGAUCACAGAAUUGUGUAUGAUCUGGUUCAUAGUCUCUAAGUUGACUAGUGAAUGGAAUAGUGCUUUAUAAUAUGUGAUGCUAGAGGAGCAUAUCUUUAAUAGAAA